AAGCCAAACCUUGAUGUUCACAUGAGGGUUCACACAGGGGAGAAACCUUACACCUGUGAACAGUGUGGACAGAGUUUUAGUCAAAAACAAAGCUUUAAAUCCCACAUGAGAAUUCAUUCUGGAGAGAGGCCGUACACAUGCCAACAGUGUGGAAAAAGCUUCAGUCAUGCAAGAAACCUGGCAGAGCACAUGAGAAUUCACACUGGAGAGAAGCCUUUCAACUGUAAACAGUGUAGAAAGAGUUUCAGUAAAAAGCCGCACCUGAUUGCUCACAUGAGAGUUCACACUAGGGAGAAACCCUACACCUGCGAACAGUGUGGAACGAGUUUAGGUAAAAAAGAAGACCUUUACAUCCACAUGAGGAUUCACACUGGAGAGAAACCGUACACAUGCACAGAGUGUGGUAAAAGUUUCCCACAUAAAAGCUCACUCAAACACCACAUGAUAAGUCACACUGGAGAGAAGCCGUUUAAAUGUGCUUAGUGUGGAAAGACAACUAAAGCUAGCCUCAAAUGUGCUUAGUGUGGAAUCACAACUAAAGCUAGCCUCAAGAACCACAUGAAUGGUCACUCUGGAACCAUAGUGUUCACAUGUGAUCAGUGUGGAAAGAGUCUCACACGCAAAGACUCCAUUAAGAACCAUAUGAAGACUCACUCAGGAGAGGAUCGUUUUAGAUGCAGUGAGUGUGGAAAGGGCUUUAAUUGUAAAAGAAUCCUCAGCACUCACCUAAAGCUUCACAAUGGAUAACAGAGUCAGCAAAAUUGAGGCCUUGUCCACACAAACACGGGUAUAUUCAAAACGGCAGCUUUUUCAUGUAGUUUGGCUGUUCAUUCAAGUGAAGUUUAUUUAUAAACUACUUUCGAGAGGCUCACAUGCUUAGCAAAAACAUGAUUCACAAAUUAGAUCAUCCUUUGUUAUAAAGCAGUGUCUCACAGACAGUACUUUGUUUAACUUACUUGAAGACAGACAAGUUAACAUCACAGCUGAGGAACUGCACUAUUCAUUGUCUUCAAUAAAGUCUUCUCCAUGUAA